AAUUCAACAACAGGCACCCCAGUAACGCUGAGAGUUGACAAGAAGGGUUAUUUCCUCUUUUGGAAGGAUCAGAAUAAGGAAAUAGGAUUUUUGGAUAUAUCAUUGAUUAAGGACACAAGAACUGGAAGUCAGGCGAAGUUGCCUCGAGAUCAGAAGCUGAAAGAGUCUUUGAUGAUUGGACAGAUGGAUGUGCCUCUAGAGGAUAAAAUGAUAACAGUUGUAUAUGGCACUGAUAUGGUCAAUAUGGAAUUUGUCCACUUUGUCUGUGCACACAAAGAAAUAGCUCAGGAAUGGGCUGAUGAGCUUCUGAAAUAUUCAGUGAAUCUUCUGGCUUUGAACAGCAGUAGUUUGACAUACUUAGAUAAGUUGUUUACUCGGUUUAGCUUGAUGCUGGACUCUGAUGGGAAAGUGUCCAUGAAAAACAUUUUCAAGAGCAUCACAAGUAACAGAGAUGAUAGAAAAAAAGUAGAGAAGGCUUUGGAGGCUGAAGGAUUUCAUGCUGGAAAGACAGACUCCUUUAAUGCACAGAAGUUUACAUUCUACAACUUCUUCAAUUUUUACAGACACCUUCUUGGUCGUACAGAGGUGGACAAGAUUUUUGAUGAACUAGGAGCCAAAAAGAAACCCUACCUUACAGCUCAGCAGGUCUGUGAUUUUCUGAAUAAACAGCAGCGAGAUCCUCGUUUGAAUGAAAUUCUGUAUCCACACUAUAGUCUGGCACAAGCAGAAGCCCUUAUACAUCGGUAUGAGAACAAGUCGGGGAUGGCACAGAAAG